GUCCGUAGCUUUCCCUAUCGACUUCUCCCUUAAUAAUCUCCCAGGCAGCUCGGCUGGUCUCAACAGCCUUUCAAAAUGUCUAAUGAUACCAAAAGUACGCCCUUGGACUCUAAUUCAGUACCAAGUGAUCCGCCACCGUCUUAUGAGUCCGCUGCGCAUCCAGCUCUACAAGCGGGCGCGGGAGGGCCUGGUCGGCCACGAGGUCCAUUGCCCCUGGAUCUGCCAGCUCUGAAAGCACUUCGCGGGAAGAGAGUGAUUUUGGCCUCGAAAUCGCCAAGAAGGAAACAGUUGUUAGCACAGAUCGGGCUCAAAGAUAUCGAAUGCAUACCCUCAGAUUUCGCCGAGAACCUUCCAAAAAGCUCGAUGUCCCCUUUCGAAUACGUACUACAGACUGCUAUAGAGAAAUGUAAUUCGGUGUAUGCCAAAGAGAUGGACAACACAGAGCUAGGUGAGCCCGCGCUCGUCAUAGCGGCUGACACAGUCGUAGUGUCGAUGACCGGGCGCAUUAUGGAGAAGCCUCGCUCGGAGCAGGAUCAUAUCAAUAUGCUAAAAUCGUUGCGCGACUCUGGCACACAUGGAAUUGACAAAGGCACACACAAGGUCCUGACAGCAGUGGUCGUCAUGAGACCGCUGGAGAGUUUGCGGGACCCAGGAUACCGGCAGCAAACAUUUGUUGAGGAGACAACGGUCAAGUUCGAUGACGAAGUAACUGACGAUUUAAUACUCGCGUAUGUGCGAACCCGCGAGGGAGCUGACAAAGCCGGAGGAUAUGGCAUACAGGGAAUCGGGACUGUGCUUGUCGAGAGCAUCGAAGGAUCAUUUGACAACGUGGUGGGACUACCGGUGCGAAGAACGCUGAAAUACAUCGAGAGUGUUAUGCGAUCUGAGGAUGACAUGAUGGACGAUGGUCUUUUGGAGGACGGGGAAUAA